GGAGGCGGGGCUCAGUGCCACCGCGCGGCGGGGACUGCGCCCGCCGGUGCCCCGCUGUGGACUCGGGCGCUCCCUGCCCGAUGGCCGCCCGCGGUCCAGACCCGGAGUCGGAGCCCGAGUCGGUGUUCCCUCGGGAGCUCGGCCUCUUCGCCGACUCCUACACCGAAAGGAGCCGCUUCUGCUUCUGCGGGCACGCGCUGAGCAUCACGCAGAACUUCGGGUCGCGCCUCGGGGUAGCUGCGCGCGUGUGGGACGCGGCUCUGAGCCUGUGCAACUAUUUCGAGAAGCAAAAUGUUGAUUUCCGAGGCAAGAAGGUGAUCGAACUGGGCGCGGGGACGGGCAUCGUGGGCAUCUUGGCGGCGCUGCAGGCACUCACUGAGAGACUCUUCCAAGGCCAUCUCCCUUGGAAUGCAAGUCGGCAUGUUCUUGAUCACAGGAGGGAAGUCUUCCCAGAGGCAGACAUCUGUCCUUUGAGCCCAUCAGCCAGCUCUCCUCUGUGCCACAAAUCCUGCCAGGAAAGCAGUGGAAGAUGGUUCAAAUGCUUGGGCCCCUGCACCCGUGUGGGAGACCUGGAAGAAGCUCCUGGCCUCAGAUUGCCUAGCUCCAUCCAUUGCAGCCAUUUGGGGAGUGAACCGGUGGAUGGAAGAUUUCUGUCUCUGCCUCUUUCUCUAAUUUUGCCUUUCAAAUAAAUAAAUAAAUAAAUAAACCCACUAAACUAAACUUCCUCAGGUGAGUUCCGGCUGUCUCCAGUCCCUGCCCUGUGCUCUGUCCUCAUGCAUUCCCGUGGCACACUCACUCCACUGCCCCCUCCAUACCGUGGCUCUAGUUAAGGGUGUCAGCAUCAUUUCCAAUGCCAUGGUGCUAGCCAGGAGUCACUUAGCCGUGAACUUCACUUUUUUUUUUUUUUUUUUUGACAAGCAGAGUGGACAGUGAGAGAGCGAGACAGAGAGAAAGGUCUUCCUUUUUCCGUUGUUUCACCCCCCAAUGGCUGCUGCUGCCAGCGCACCGUGCUGAUCUGAAGCCAGGAGCCAGGUGAUUCUCCUGGUCUCCCAUACAGGUGCAGGCCCCAAGGAUUUGGGCCAUCCUCCACUGCCCUCCCGGGCCACAGCAGAGAGCUAGACUGGAAGAGGGGCAACCGGGACAGAAUCCGGUGCCCCAACCAGGACUAGAACCCGGGGUGCUGGCACUGCAGGUGGAGGAUUAGCCUAUUGAGCCGCGGCAUCGGCCAAGGACUUCACAUUUGACAUUGACAUUGACACCUCAGUCCUUCUUCCUCCAGACGGAGCCUCUGAUUUCCAGGGCUGUGCAAUUCUGGUUUCCGUCCAUCUCACUGUACUCUUUUUCUAUUCUCUUUCUUGCCCCCCCUUAAAAUAUUUUAUUUUUUAUUUAUUUGAAAGGCAGCAUUGGAUAGAGACUGAGAGAGAGAGAGAGAGAGAAUCUUAGAAUCUUCCAUCUGCUGUUUCACUCCCCAAGUGGCCCCAAUGGCAAAGCCAGGAGCUAGGAGCUUCAUCUGAGUCUCCCACGUAGGUCCAGGGGCCCAAGUACUGGGGCCAUCUUCUGCUGCUUUCCCCCCGGCAUAUUAGCAGGGAGCUGGGUCGGAAGUGGAGCAGCUCGUCCAGGAUGCCAAAUCUUCACAGUCUGCACUCACUGCCAAGCAGUCCCAUCCCCUCAUGGCUGUAGAUGAUCUCUUAAUGCCUGUGACGCUACGACUCUUCCCUCUCUAGCUGCAGACUCCUUUGCAUAACGUUCGAGCUAUAUUCUGGAUCCCACUGCUUCUUAGCCAUUGCUACUGCCCUGGUUCAGACCAUCAGCUCUCGCCUGGGUCAUGGCAGCCACUUCCCCACUGGUCUCCUUGCUUCUGACCUUGCCCUUCUGUGGUCUUUCCCCAUUGCCACACCAGAGUGCUCUUUUUGAAACAUAAGUCGGCAUUCGCCAUUCUUCCAUUGAGAAUCUUCCCGUGGCUUCCCGUAUGAGUCUGACAGCCAAUGUUCUCCCCACAAGGCCUGACUGGGACCAGAUCUCUGCUGUCCCUCCCUCCGCUGCGGCCACUGGUCUUCCUGAUGUCCCUGAGGCCUGCCAGGCAUGGUUCUGCCUCUGCCUUUACUGGUCUGACCUUUGGGAGACUUAACCUCAGACAUCCACGUGGUUUGCUGCACUGCCACUCUUGGGCGUCUGUCCAGAUGUAAUCUGCUCAGUGAGGCCUUCCCUAACCCCCAGUGUAAAAAUAGAUCCCUGCCCUCUCCCCGGGGCAGUCCCCCCCCCCCCCCCCCCGCUGGGUGCUCGUGACCAUUGGACAUACGGUGUGUUUUAUUUGACUUAUUUUUUUGCUGUUGUCUGUUUCUUUUUCUUUUUAAAUUUUAUUUAUUUAUUUAUUUGAGAGGUAGAGUUAUAAACAGAGAGAGGGAGAGACACACAGAGAGGUCUUCCACCCACUGAUUCACUCCCCAAAUGGCCGCAGUUGCCAGAGCUGGGCCAAUCUGAAGCCAGGAGCCAGGCGCUUCUUCUGAGUCUCCCACAUAGGUGCAGGGGCCCAAGUGCUUGAGCCAUCCUCUGUUGCUU